GGAGUCUGAGUGAGUCAGUAGGGUCUUGGAAACCGUAAGUGAAUGACGUCUCUUGUCGUCGUCGUCGUCCUCCUCCCGUGGGUUCUGUAAUACGCCAAGGCCGUGCGGCGUGGACAAUUCUCCUUCCGAAUCGAGUCGGCCGCCGCCCCCAACUGUUGUAAUGUCCACUAGUGGGGGGGACUCCGAAUACUCCACCCCUCUCCAGAGUCACCGAACAUCUCGGCAUCUAGCCUCCCCAACUUCCUAUACCUCUGUCUACUAUUCUGCUCAUGACUUGCAUGAUCCAGAAGAUAUGUCAGAUAUGGAUGCCGAUUUGCUGCGGGACCACAACGACAUAGUUCUUGAUGACUUGAAUGGGGAACCGCCAAAUAACACGCAGAAGGUUGGGCCUCAGCCUGAUCUAUUCUUUAAAGAUGGAGACUCGAGCAUCGAUUAUGUUUUGGUCUCACGGGAGACAGAGCCUGAUGCUCCCAACACCGCAGAGAAUGAGGACCGCAGAGAGACUUUUGAAGACCACCUCUGCAAGGAAGGCCUUCACCUGGAAAUCGAUCAAGUGGAAGGUGUACCCCUCAGGUUCGUGAAGGUUCAUGCACCGAUGGAGGUGUGCACUAGAUAUGCCGAAAUACUGAAGUUGCGAAUGCCAAUGAGAGAGUGUGAUGGGCCACUCAGGAAGAGCUUUUUGGGGAGAGUUGGCGAUCUGUUUCAGGAGUUGGUAAGAGAAAUGACGCAGCAAAAAUAUCCUACGCUGUCGCACUUAGCGAAAAUUCAGAAGUUGGAUGAGGUGUUUCUGAAGCAUCGUAUUGUGGUCAAUUUUCCUGGGCUGCCUCCUUUAGAAUUCUCACCGCCUGCAAUAUUCAACGACAUGACGGAUUGCGUGAGUCGAAUGUUCAACUUUGUGAAAUUGGACCCAGGUGUUUUCCCUCCAAAGAAUCGACAUUUUACGGCCGUUUAUUCGAGAGACAAGGAAUACUUAUUUGAUAUCAGUGAAGACCUGUUCACAACUGCUAUUCGGGCGCGAAUCGUUGACUUCAUUCUGAGGAGGAAGAAGUUCAAGAAUGAUGGGGAUGACUUUGAUUUUGGCAUUGAAAAGCUUUUGAACGAAGGUACUUACGAUGCCGCUUAUCCCAUUCAUGAGGGUGACCUACAUGUUGAUGGGAAUGAGCGUGCUUUGUUGUACAAGGAGUGGGCAGCUUUACGUAAUUUCUACAAGUAUCAGCCUCUCGAUUACGUGAAAGAGUAUUUCGGAGUGAAGAUUAGUCUGUACUUUGCAUGGCUAGGUUUCUACACAUACAUGCUCAUUCCAGCAUCAGUUGUUGGGCUGUUGUGUUUCAUUUACGCAGUUUCUACAAUAAAUGAUCACCAACCAAGCAAUGACAUUUGUAAUAAACAACUGAACAUCACCAUGUGCCCACUGUGUGAUCAUUUCUGCGAUUAUUGGAGUCUUGAAGAGACUUGUUUUCACGCCAAAUUUACUUAUCUAGUCGACAAUCCUUCGACCAUAUUUUUCACUGCGUUUAUGUCUCUUUGGGCCGCCCUCUUCCUUGAAAUGUGGAAGAGAUAUUCGGCUGAAAUCACGCACCGCUGGGACCUGACGGGCUUUGACAUUCAAGAAGAGCACCCUCGGCCACAGUACUUAGCAAGGUUAAGGCACAUUAAAAAGAAGACCGUAAAUAUUGUUACGAAAACUUUAGAACCUCGGCCGCCCUUUUGGAGAAUGAGAUUUCCAGGGGUCAUGAUUAGUUUGUCAACGGUAUUUUUGUUGGUAAUGAUGGCGAUAGUAGCUGUCUUUGCAGUCAUUUUGUACCGUAUGUCUGUUUUAGCAGCUCUGAGCAUCCACGGUGAUUCUGUCAUCACUUCUUACGCCAUUAUAUUCACAUCAACUACUGCAGCCUUCAUUAACUUGAUUUGUAUCAUGAUAUUCAAUCAGAUAUAUGCGCGCGUUGCUGAAAGACUGACGGAACUAGAAUUGCAACGCACUCAAACAGAGUUUGAUGACUCCUUAACCUUAAAGAUUUACCUUCUACAGUUUAUAAAUUAUUAUUCGUCAAUUUUCUACAUCGCCUUUUUCAAGGGCAAGCUAGUCGGGUAUCCUGGAGAUUACAACAGAGUAUUUGGUUCUAGACAAGAAGAGUGUUCACCUGGAGGAUGCUUGCUAGAACUCUCUGUUCAGCUUGCUAUUAUCAUGGUUGGCAAGCAGAUAAUGAAUACGUGCAUGGAGAUGGUGAUUCCCCUACUUUGGAAGUGGUACAACAUGUUGACAGUACCAGAGACUCAGAGGGAGGCGUAUAACUGUUGGCCAAGGUGGGCAAAGGAUUUCCGGCUGGUGAACUUUGAUCCACGAGGACUCUUCCCCGAGUAUCUGGAAAUGGGACUCAGACAUCCACUCAUCCCAAAUGGUUGUAAACCUAGCUAUCUUGAGAUCGUUCUUCAGUACGGCUUUGUGACAGUGUUUGUGUCAUCGUUCCCUCUGGCUCCGCUGUUUGCCUUCCUGAAUAAUGUGUUUGAGAUGAGGCUAGAUGCUAAGAAGCUGUUGACUCACUUCAGACGGCCUGUGUCUCAGAGAGUGAAAGACAUCGGUAUCUGGUUUAAAAUCCUGGACUCGAUUGGGAAGCUUGCGGUUGUCACUAAUGCUUUUAUCAUCGCAUUCACUUCCAACUUCAUCCCAGAACUUGUGUAUACUCACGUGGUAGCUCAGAAUCACAACCUCGACGGAUUCCUGAACCAUUCACUUGCAUUUUUUGACAUUGAGGAUUACAAUCCCCACUUCCGUCCUAGAUUUCCAGAGACGACACAGAUUUGCAGGUACCCAGCUUAUCGUAAUCCUCCUGGAACACCAGAUGAGUACAAGUAUGCUCCUAUUUUCUGGCAUAUUUUGGCUGCAAGACUGGCAUUUGUUGUUGUAUUUGAAAAUGUGGUUUGUCUAAUCAUACUCUUCAUCAAAUGGAUAGUUCCUGACAUACCUUUCCGCCUUCAGGAACAAAUACGACGAGAAGCAUACGUUACCAACGAGCUAAUAGUAGAACAAGAAUUACGCAGAGCAAGAGGAGAGGACGACAACAUCACAACUAGCUCCUCCCCCACUAGAUCGCCCCUUCGAAGACAAUUGUCGGAACCAGCAAGAAGGGGCUACGACGUCAGAUUUCGUAUUUUAAACCAAGAAGCUCCAGCGGCAGUUGUUUGAGAUUAUAAAGAAACCUCAAGUGCCUUUCCUUUUGACAAAAUUUAGCAUGUUAGUAACAUGUUCACACAGUUUUAAUUUUUAGGGAAUAUCAGAAAGUGAGUGGUUACCUAGUGAGGUUAAUUCAAAGUCUCUAAAGGCAUGGUCUAGAGAAGUUUUAAUCUCUGAAAACUUGACUAUAUCUGGUUCCUAAUUUGUGUGUAUUAGUGUGAACUGUUUACAUGAAGCUAGUCUUGUGUGCGAGGAACUCCACGAAAAUAUAAAAAGAUAUCAAAAGUUCUAAAAACGUGAAAUUCGGUCUACAUUUUCCUUUUUAAAAUGCACAAAUGUGUUGUGGUUGGUGAUCUUUUAUAAUCAAUAUAGUUUAUAGGUUUGUACAUUUCAACAGAUUUAUGUCAAGGAAUGUGGAAUGUGAUAACAAGGUUUCUUGCUAAGUAAGAUUUUUUGUUGGCUCGAGCAUUGUGAAUCUAGAAUUUUGAGGUUUUAUGUAGGAUUUGCUGGUACUUAAUUGUAUGAAAAAAAAUUGUAUAUUUCAUAGACUUGACAAAGUCUGCAUUAUGCCAAAUAUUUUUGUAUUUUGUUACACUAACUAGACAGGAAAAAUUAUUUAUUUAUACAUAGUAAAAAUGAGGUAUGAAUACUUAACAUUCAUCAAGACCUAGCAUGCUUAUUUCAUCAUGAAGGAUUGCCUAACACCAAACAGGUGAGUGUAGACUAAGGGUGCAUCUAUGUGGUUCAACAUUACCUGAUGGAUGGAGAUGCACGCUUCUGACAUCAUGAGAGAGUCAUUUUUGUAUUGCUACCAGAUCUGUAAAGUUGUCCGUACACUACCAUUGUCUGGUAGACAAAGCAUGGGUGGUGUUAUCAUUUCAUGUCCAUAACCAUCAGACAAAUUUCACUAAUGACAUUCACCUACACUAUAGUACUUGUUUUCCGUCAAUGACGAACAUUUCACCUGUUCAUUUAGGAAUUAUGGCAACUCUAUCUGCUGGAUGGUGUAGAAGCGAUUUAAUUUUUAGCACCUUUGGCUUUUCCUAGGAUAAAAUAGUAUGACAACCAUCAUGUUCUUUUGUUAAAGGAAAAUGAGUAUAUGGUUCUUGGUAAAUUAUUUCUUUCCUAAAGUUGAAGUGGCAUGAGAGCAUUUACCUUUACUUUCAGCACUUCAUGGACUUCAAUUUUAGAAUAAUUCUUCUUGAUCAAAGCAGAACCACCCAUUAUUUUUCUCUCAAGGUAUUGAAUUAUGGUAAUAGAGGAAGUGGUGGAAACAGUCCUUUGUGGGAUAACAGUCUAGGCAAUUGGUGCAUAUGUGUCUAUAGUAAAUUCUUCUGUGAUUUUCACAGUAAAUUAGUUUGUAUUGAUGAUCUUGCCAGAUGCUAUUGUGUGUGUGACCUUGAGGUGAGAUUGAAAAUGGCAUUGUUGCGUGCAAUAAAUGAUACAGUAAUCAGAUUACUGAUGUGUCUUGAUACCACACUUCAGUACUUUUGGCAUGGAACUUCCUCCAUUGAAUAAUGACAUAAUAGAAUCAUAAGAUACUCAGAUUUGACUUGCACUUUUUCUUCAGUAUCAUUGAUACUGAAGAAAAGUGAAGUUUUUUCACAUUACCCAUACCUUCUUUUCUUGGGCUGCUGCUACCUACGAUGGCGUACGGACAGUUUUCUUUUUAAGACCGUCCAUGCCCUCUAGCUUUUGUUUUUGGUCAGUAUAGACUGUUAUCUUUAUAUUCAUCGAUAUUUUGACUUGUCCUUUAAAGUCUUCGUUGCACCUCGCAUCCUUUUGAGAUCAUUGCAGUCCAUGUUCAUUCUGAUUUGUGGUGUCAUGCAUUCUUCGCCAGGACAUGUCAUUUGAUUAAGGAAACAUUUCUAAGUGACCUUUUAGUUAUGUACGUCAGGAAUGUCAAACGAGUGUAUUGGCCCUUGGUUUAAGCUCUCUGUAUAGAAUAACAGCAAGAAUAAACUUCUCAUAAAGGUUUAGCUGAUUUUUUUAAGGUCAUAAAUAUUUACCCAAGGGGUGCAUCACUCCUAUUUUUUUCCUUGAAUAUGUUAAGGGAAAAUACUUCAUGGGUUUGCCUACAGGAUAACAAUGUAAUCAAGUUUCCACGAAGUGAUAGGAUCCAUUUUUUUGGUGAAUCACCAUAAAGUAUUAAGUCAAGUAUUAUGUAAUAUAGUGAUAUCAUUUUGUAUUUUUUAAAUUUUACAUUUUUUCAAAUAUAAUGCAAGUUUUUGUUGGCAAUACCGUGUUUUAUAAUUUUCCAUUCAUGUUGAGAGGCAAGGUAAUGAAAUCUUGGAAUACAGAAUUGAUUGGCAGUGCAGUUAUAACCAUUUACUUUCAAAGAAGAGAAUCUGAAAAGACUAUUAAACGAAAGAGAGAGAGAGAGAGAGAGAGAGCGCAGUGAUGGUAUGAUUACAUAGUAUUUAACCAUCUUGAAACUGAGAGGUUACGAGACGAGACUCGAAAAGAUUGUAUAUAAAGAUGCUAAAGUGACUACUUUCCUAAGUCCUAUAGAGUAAGGAUGCAUAAGUGACAGCUUUUUACAAAUGAUUUUAGAUAUUGUGUUCUUUUGGUGCUAUAAUGUCUGUGUUUGUGCUCGUUCUAUUUGUAGUGAUGAGUGAAUUAUUGCAAUUAGGUUAAAACACAAUCAAAUUGAUGACCUACAGAAAUUUUACCUGUCAGGUUGUAAUUUCGUUAAGUUUGGAAUUUGUUGUUUAUACAUUUUAGAAAGUAAUCUUUUCAGAUGUAGCUGUUAACAGUACGACUAUUUUCAUGUAAAUUUAAGAGAAUUUUGUCAACAUUAUGCUCAAAAACAUUAUUUUGCUUUAGAAAGUUAAGUUUAUUAAAUUUCUUUGCACUAUUGUUUUUUCAUCGCCAAAUGUGUAUGGUACUGGACUUACUAUGCUUCAUGUGCUUAAAAGCUUUAUUACUAUUAGUCUUAGUGUUUCAAGUAAUUGAGUAAUGUUCGUUGUUACAUUAGUUGUAAGAGCUUUGAUCUGCCUUUGGUCCCCAUCCUAUUGGGAAUAAUCCCUUUAUUACAAAAGUAUCUGGUUUUUACAGACCUGCGGUAUAAUGAGUUCAUCUUUUAGUUUGAUUUCUUUUCAUAAUUAGUCAAACUGAUGACGCAUACCCUGCCAAGGAAUAUUUAUGUUGUGUUUGUUGACUUCACUGAUGUGAAUGGAGACACCUUUCACCACCAUUUCCUCUUCCAAGUACAACUACAGUUAGCAGUGACAGACCAAAGUUUCUUCUCACACUGUCUGCAAAGCAGAACAGAUACCCAGCUGAAAAGUGGUGGGGUAAGACGUUGAAGAGGCAAGUUGUACUUAGAUAUCAUUUAUGUCUUUCUGUAUUAUUUUCUUACUCUUAAAAGUUGACAUAGCCGAGUAACCAAUCACAUAGCAAAUUCAUUUUAAAAAUUAAGCUUCAGAACAAAAACAGAAAUAAUUUGGGGAAGGAAAAUGACAAUGGACAAUAUGAACAUGAUCUAAGAAAUUAUUUUUUCCCUAAUAGUGUCUUGAGGAUAAUUUGCUGGAAAGGGCUUGUCAUUAUAUGCCUCCCUUCUGUGAAAAUGGCAAGAAUUCGACCAUUAGACUUUGCAGAGAGAGAGAGAUUGAGCUAUUAAUGGUGUGCUGUACGGUGAUGACUCAUUUUAAUUGUCAAAAUUAUUUUCAUUAUGCUGUUAGGUUUUGAUCAGUUUAAGAUACUACUGGUUUUUUGCCAUGUUUCAAAGGUUAUCCUUAGCCACAGUCUUAUCUUUUAACCAGUUCAUUAUGCCGUGUUGCAUCACUUUUCUCAUGGUAAAAGAUGUAGUAGUAUCUAUAAUCAUCUUGUAAAUUGAUAUAUUUUAUUAAAGAAAUUGUUCUUUUAAGUGAAGUAGUUUUUAUGUUGCUGGAAAGAGGAAUUCUUCUGAGGACAGACAUUGACCCUUCAUUUCAGGGCAUCAAAGCUGGCACUCCUGCUUGUAAAAUAUACCACCAAAAGAGUAGCACACUGGUCCCUGAAAGUACUUCAAAUUGGCAGGGGAUGGAUAUCAGCCCCAAAUGUUAAGAAGUCCCUUGUACUAUGUCCUUCUGUUGACAUAGAGGAAUCACUGUUGGGGUAAUCAACUGCUGCACAUUUUGCUGAUGAGAAGUAGCUAGCAUACCUGGCCUCAACUGCAGAAAAGUACUUAUGGGUUCAUGUUUAUGGAAUACAUAUGUAAAGGCAUGACAGACCUUAACUGAGGAUCUUGAGAACUACAAUAAAACAACAAGAGAGAUUUCAUUCACAAAAAGAAAAAAAAAUUAUCAAAACCCAACAGUCUGAGUACUGAACAGCUUCUAGUACAAAAAGCAUAAACAAAUGGUUAAUAUGAAUUAUUAUUACAUGUAAAAGGUGAUAAUAAGAGAAAUAAUUAUCUACAUUAAAUGGAGACUUGACAAAAGAUCACGAACUAUUAAGACCAGUAAGAGAUUGAAGCACUAGUACAGUACAAAGGUUAUUAAAUAGAAAAAUAGACUUCUUAGAUUACUGAUGCUAGGAAAAUAAAAGUACCAAAGUACACAUUAUCAAAAGUAGAUCUUAAUCAUAAAACUAGUACUGCAGAUGGUGAAGCAUUGAAGACCUCAUAUGUAAUGUGAUUUCUGUGUCGAAACAUGAGCUAUAUAUGCUGAAAUUUAAAUGAUAAAUUCAUAACUUAAAGAACAUUUUAUGAUAUCAUGAAGGAUAUUUCUUUCUCUCGUGAAAAGGAAGAGGAUGUUUGAGCUUAAUGCCAGUAAAAACAAUGAUGAGUUACUCCUGUACUGAUCUAGACAAAAAAAGAAAUAACCGGUACCAUAUUGGCUAACAUUUUACAGUGCAAGAUAUUCUAUCAUCUGGACCUGAAUAAAAAGUAAUUUUUAUUUGUUAGUGUGUGGGCAGAGCAGAAAGGAAAGAAACAAGAAAUUGACAGUCCAAAAUAUGGAAAAAGAUUUUAUUUUAAGGCCCCGUCCACACGGUCGAGCUUUAGUCGACGAACUUUGUCCGAUGUGACGUCAGAAGCCAGAAAAGUCAGAACUUUACCACAGUUUCUCCGCUUCUGACGUCACAUCGAACAAAGUUCGUCGAGCAAAGCUCGGCCGUGUGGACGGGGCCUAAUGUGCUCACACAGUCCCUCUUACUGUACCCUGCAAAUUGGAUUCAUCAGGUUGCAAAAAUUUGAGGCAUUAUAGUGGCCACCCCUCAUGAAAAAAAAAAAGGAAACUCAACAGCAUUAAAAUUAAGUCAGACUAAUAUGAGAUAUUUUGAUAUUAACUUUGCAUAACCAACAUAUUGCAUAAUGAAACACUGAAACUCAAGUAUGAAGCUUUUGAAGGUUGAAAUACUUUGUGGGCUAAAUACGUAUGUAAUGAGUUCAGUUUCUGAAAUACAAAAUUUAACUAAAAUUGAUGAAUGGAGUUCAUUUUUGUCUUCUACCAAUGGUGAGAUAUAGAAUGACUUUUAGUAAUGAUGAUUUGAAGAAGAUUCAGAUGAUUAAGGAUAAAACGUUCUACAGUAGUAGAAUAUAUUUCAGGUAAUAUAAUUGCCAAAGAAAGGAUUGUGACAUCGUAGUAAAGUAUUUUGUGUGCAAGAGAACUAAAAUCCCAUAAUUUUUCCACUAGUUCUGGAUCUUGUACAGAUAAGCUGAAGUAAUUAGAGGAAAAGGACUAUCCAUAAUGAUCCUGCUGUGAAAUUGCUUUCCCAAAAGUAGCUCACCUGUUUCUGUUGCUGUUGAACUUUGUCGCUUUUUCAGACUACUUGGCAAGGAGUACACCACUGCUAUGCUUGUACGUAUUUGUUUAUAUCCUACAGCUUCUCUUCACUUAUCAAGUUUUGAUUUUUUCAUUGUUUCUCAUUACGUGCUUAACUCACUUUACUGUCCUGUCUUGGAUAAUCAUAUGUGCUCCUCUUUCAUAAUCUGCUGAAGUAAAUUGAAGGUUAGAAUCACAGAUAGGAUAGCUUUGGUGGUAAACAGCAAACUCCUGGAUAGUGCUUGUCACAAUUUGAAAGUGCCUGGGAAUGGGAGACACUUCAUUUCUUAGAACUACCAUUCUUGGCCUACAUACUCCCAACUGAGAAACCUAUAAGCAAGAAUGCAGAUAGUCGUCCUCGUGAUUGAUGGUAAUCUUCUAGUUUUUCCUCCUAAUUGACCACGUUGGUGCUCCAGUAUUGUCAGAUCAAACUGUUGUCAUAGGUACAGAAUGUAAACAAAUUUACACAUAGAAUCAUAAAUAAUUUUGGGGUAUGUUAUAUAAAUUUGUAAUUGUAUAUAUCUGGGAUAUUCUUUUUUAAUUUUGUGAUGUUCAGUUACUCCCACACUUUCUUCCCUUGACUGCAUAUUGCCAAGUGUCAUCCUUGUGAAUUCACAUAGUAUAGUACUUCAUUUCCUCUGUGUAUUUUUCAGCAUCAUGGGGAAUAGUGUGUCUUAUCACAGCUUCCAGUUAACAAUAUUUUAAGUUAUAUAUAAAGUUUCUAGGUUCCAUCAUGUGGCCCUUGAGUCUUAUUUUAGCUUUCCCACUUUUUAUCUGAGUAAAUAUGCAGUCUGAUUCGUGCCUCGGUAAGCAUUCAAGAUAUGAAUCAAUACUUAAAUAUUUUAUGUCAAGGGUUCACAUGGCCAAGUCUUUAUUAUCGUGAACAACACUACAAGAGAAUGUCAUUUUGAAUUUUCCCUGGCAGCAAAGGAUAAAAUCACACGAGUGCAGUAUUUUAAUUUGUUUUUGAGUGAUGACCCUUUGAGAUUGCCCCAACUCUGGUACAAAGGGAAGAUGAUUAAUACCCCUGUAUUGUAAAAAAAAUAAAUAAAAAACAAUUACCUAUCUAUUAAGAAAACAUUAAAUACAUUGUGCUAUUGUAUACUACUUGAGAAGCUUUGUCAUUAAUAAUUUUUCAGUAAAAAAAAAAAUUUAUGUAGGAAGUGAAGUAGAACACAGUCCUUUCAAAUUAAUGUUUUAUAUACCACCGAGUAACAACAUAAAAUUCUAAAAAUUAA